AUGGAGGAAACAGCAGCAGUCAAGAUUACAAUUUACAAUCCGAUUGACCCGGCAUUGUGGUUUGCUAUGUGUGAAGCAACUUUUGCUUUAGCCGCACCCAAGCCUAUUACGGAUUGGAAGACAAAAUUUAACUACUGCGUCACUCAUUUGCCGCCGGAAAUUGCUGCGUUGGUUAGAGAUAUCAUUCUCCCGGAACAUACAGAUGCUUCUUACGAAAACCUCAAAGCUGCUAUUACGGAACUCUGUGAUGAAAGCAGUACGAGUGAAAUACGGAAAUUACUCACCGGCGAGCAACUUAGAGAUAGAAAGCCAUCAGAACUUCUACGAGUAAUGACUAAGCGGGCUGAAAAAUACAAUGUGCUUGACUCUUUGUUACUGGAAUUGUUCAUGCACCAGAUGCCGCCAAAUAUUCAGUCUAUUCUAGCGUCGGUUGAGUCGCUCGAUUCAUCGAAAGCUGCCAAGUAUCGCGGAUAG